CCCCCUCAAGUUCUGACACAUAAUAAGCUCUUAACUGCAAUCCAAAAACAAGAUAAAACUUCUAUUAAUCGUAUCAUGUUUCUCAUGUUACUCGAGUAAUCAAUAUUGAUGUUAAUUCUCUUCAUUCAUUGGCAACCAAAUCUAAUUAUAUGGAGCAAAAGUGGAGUUGAUCGACAUUAUAUGCAGCUUUAAACCAUCACCCUAUUCUUCAAAAUCCCAUAUUCCCAGACCUCAGAUCUCGUCAAUCAAAAGAUCCACCAUCAAUUCUUCAUCUUCAAUUUAUUUGAAAAUGUCUUCAUGCUUUGGAUCGAGAAAGUCAAGGGGCGGUGAUGAUACUCGUCCAUUGUUGCCUCGAUAUGAGGAUGAUACCUCAAUGCAGAGGUCUGCUCAUCAAAAAUUACACACAUAUCAGAUGCUUAGAGCUUUAUCCAAGGGAUAUAUGCCAUCCACUGAACAAACAAUAGCCAAUUUAAGAACAUUAUUGGCUUCCGAUGUUUUAAAUCCAGAUAAUCCAGAAUUGACAGAUAGCGGAAGAAGAUUGCUAAAAUUCUCGAAGCAAUGGCUUACAGAUUUCAUUGAGUUGUUACGAAAUAAAAAUGAUGGAGAUCAGAUUCAAGACUUCAUAUGGUUCUUGAUACAUUCAAGAAUAUCUGUCAAUACAUCAGAUCUCGUCGAAAGAGCUACUAGAACAAGAGCAAAAGCAGAUGCCGCAGCUGGUUAGUGUUAUUUAUCCUACAGCCGUUCAAAACUAACCAAUUACAGCAUACGGAAGUAUCAAGACCGUUGGUAGCCUGCUCUUGACAAACUCCGACUUUCGAAUCUUUCUUUCCGACCUCAAUACCAUUUUUCGACAGGUUUUUGCCGAUACGGCAAAGACAAUAUCAGAUGUUGCGGAGGAAGCUGCAAAUAAGAUCGAGCCAUCACCUGAGGAAAAUGAGGCGAUGAAGAAACCAGGAGAAGAACGAAGUGAACCUAUUCCCAAGGAAGACCUCCAGGCCGAAGCAAGUGAGAUUGGCGAAGUCGUUACCAACGGAUUGAAGAAGGCUGGCAAGCAAGCAAGCACAAGCCUGAAGGAGAAUAUUUCCGGAGAGCAAAGAGAAACUUUACGACGUCGGUUGAAGGAAGCGGUUAAGAAUUUGACUAAACGAACUGAUUACUCGGAUUCAGUCAACACAAUUGGUCUUCUAAUUCAACGAUAUGCUAAAGCUUAUUCUAGAGCUGUGGAUGAGUCCAUUAGCGCUGUUCAAGAUGAUGUCGAACCUAACCCAGCACUCGAUCGUGCCGUGAAGAAUGGUUGGUCUUUAAUGAGUUCUUUCGGUGACAAGGAUGCCUGGAAAGAACUGGAGAAGCGAUUCAAUAAAGUUAUGGAACACUCUCAAAAAGAUCCCGACUUCGAAAAUCUCAUGGGAGACUUGGCGAAAUCGAUUCAGCAAAUGCUUUCUGAUCCAGAUUUCUUCGAUGCUGCAGACAAAAAACUCGAGGAAUUGAAGGAGAAGUCUAAAGAAGUAGGCACUGAAUCUCCACUUCGAAAAGAUAUUGAUAGUCUUCUCAAACAAGCACGCAUAACAUUCGAUUCUGUAAUGAAUGAUCAAGACGUCUCCAAACUGGUCAAUACAACUUUGAAAAUAUGGAAUAUCCUCAACCCGCUCAAUAAGCAAUCCAAUACCGAACUCUUUACCGAUCUAUCUACUGUCUUGAUACCAAUGUUCAUCUCCGCCAUACAAUACGUACCAAUUCCCCGUCUUGAAAUAUCCGUCCCAGAGAUGGAUCUUCUUCUCGAAAAUCUAAUCCUUGAACCUGGCAGAACUAUAAAUCAGACCAGUUUCCUACCUUACCGGCUAAAGAUACAAACCUACAACGACCUUUUAAUUCAGAAAGCUCGAUUCCGUACUUUUUCCAAGGUAAAUUCUAUGGUAACGGUCAAGAUUCAGGGACUUUCAAUAAGAGCAGAUGAAGUUGGAUUUUGGAUGAGGGCACACAAAGGCUUGCUUCGCUUAGCUGAUGAAGGUAUCGCUUCUUUCCACCUUGAUGACAGGGGUAUUGAUAUCGAAUUCGACGUUGAUGUCGGAUACAACCAACUUGAGAAAAUUCUCACUCUAAAGGAUACACGCGUUAAAAUUCAUCAUCUCUCAUAUGAUGUCAGCAAAUCAAAGUUCGCUUGUUUGGCUUGGUAAGUCGAUCUUCGAAUGCUAUUACUCCUUUAUUCAAAUGCUAACCAAACCUAGGCUCUUCAAACCUCUCCUCCGUCCCAUCAUUCGCAAGACCCUCGAACAUCAACUCGCUAAAUCCAUCGCCGAUUUCUUCCACGCCGCAAAUCGCGAACUUCUCUAUGCCCGUGAACGUCUUCGCGCAACGAGAAUCGCAUCUCCAGAUGAUCUUCAAACAUUCAUUAAAGCUGUAAUCACCAGAUUAACACCAGAAGAAGACCCUGAUUUGUAUGUGAACGUGGGAGUUCAGGGUGGAGCAAAGAGUAAAGGGAAUGUGUUCAAGGGGGUUUAUGCUCCAGGUAGUGUGGUGAAGGUUUGGGAAAGGGAAGGCAGAGAUGCGGAGCAGAUUGUUGAAGAUGAGGGUGAGAAUGCGGGUUGGAAAAAUGCGAUUUUUGAUGUUAAUGGGCAGGGUCAGGGUGUUAUGGGAUGGUAAAUGAGGCUAUCUAUGGGUAGGUUUGGUGGGAGUGGUUAAUGCGGUGGGUAUUGUGCAUGAUGAUAGGUAUGUAUGAACUAGGAAAGUCAAAAAGGGGAGGAACUAAAUUGUAUUUAAUGAUGGAUGAUCACAAUGCCCAUCUGGCCUGGGUCUCGCCGGUCAUGUUGUUGUUUUCUCUUUUUUCCCCUUGGAUUUUGGCAUUGCGCGUAUUUUGGGAUUUGGAAUGGCGGGUUACGUAUAUGCAAAAUUUGGUAUGCUAUGGCAUGGUCUUGCGGUAUUGGUAUGAUAUUGGUGGGUAUGGAUAUGGCAUGGUGGAAGGUACAGGCGGGGAAUUUUUAAUUUCAAAUUUAAUAAUCGAACAUAAUACAAAUCAACUUUGA